UACAGUAGGUGGCGGCAUACACCCUUAACGUUUGUUUGCGGACCGCCAUAAUAUUAUACAAGAUGGAGGAGGAAGAAGAAGAAGAAGAAGGAAAAAGAGGGGAUUGUUUCACUGUUGCAACUUAGUGGUGCGACGAUUAAAUAAGCACUGAAAACAAAGGAAGCAACCAGAAAGAAAGUGAUGAUCGCACAGGUUCAUAGAUCAUUGAGUACAUCUAUUUCUGAAUAAAACAAUUAGAAUGGAGAAGGAGGCUGAUUUAUUCUACCGACAGCUGCCAAAAGUGGAGCUUCAUGCCCAUCUCAAUGGCUCUGUCAGCUUCUCAACCAUCGAGAAACUCGUGGCUCGAAAGCCACAUCUCAACAUCGAACACGGCAUGACUGCUAUUCGCAGUGGUCAGCGGAGGACACUGGAUGAGUGUUUUCAGGUCUUCAAAGUCAUCCAUCAGUUAGUAGAUACAGAGGAGGACAUUCUUAUGGUUGCCAAAGAUGUCAUCAGGGAAUUUGCAGCUGAUGGAGUAAAAUAUCUAGAACUGAGAAGUACCCCACGAAAGGAGAAGACCACAGGAAUGACAAAGAGAAGGUAUGUGGAAACAGUCAUCGAGGCCAUCCGUCAAUGUAAAAAUGAGGGAGUUGACAUUGAAGUCAGGUUCCUGGUAGCUGUUGACCGUAGGAAUGGGGCCGAGGUUGCUAUGGAGACCGUUAAACUGGCAGAGGACUUCAUGCUGUCUACCGAUGGUCUGGUGGUGGGGCUGGACCUCAGUGGAGAUCCUACGGUGGGCCAUGGCAGAGAUCUCCUUCCCGCCUUGCAAAAAGCCAAGAACUGUGGACUAAAACUCUCUCUACACCUGUCCGAGGUGCCAUCUCAGGCAGACGAAUCAGAGCUGCUGCUAAACAUUCCACCUGACAGGAUUGGUCAUGGGACUUACUUACACCCUGAAGUGGGUGGGUCACAAAGCCUGGUUGAUACAGUACGGAAGCAUAACACACCUCUGGAACUAUGCCUAACCUCUAAUGUCAAGGGUCAGACAGUGUCAUCGUAUUCUCAACAUCACUUCCUGUACUGGUACCAAAUGGGACACCCUAGUGUGAUCUGUACAGACGACAAGGGGGUGUUCUGCACGGACCUGUCUCAGGAGUACCAGUUGGCAGCCUCUACCUUCAACCUCAGUCAGGAGGACAUGUGGACUCUGUCCCAGAAGGCGAUAGACUGCACCUUCGCCCCAGACCUAAAGCAGCAGCUACACCAGAAGUGGCUCGAGCUACGGCCAACGCUGUUCCAGUUAUGACGCGCUGCUUGACAUCUAUGGGAUCAGAAUAACCAAUCUUGACCAUUUGAGUAGUUAUGAGAUGUAGAUUAGUGAUUCCAGCAGAGCCCCCCCCCACGUGCUUCUCAGAAUAGAUGAAGAAUGCAGGACCAUGAGUCAUUUCCAAAAGGGAGACAUUUUGUAUUAGUAAAGUAGUUUAUCAAUAAAACAUACAUCAUGCUGCUUUAA